AGAUUGAUGCAGGUGAUCUGGUCUGGGAUCGUCAAAUUCAUCCGCAUGGCACAUUAUACUUCUCCAGUGAACAAGUGACAUGGAGAGACCCAGAAAUGGAGACAACCAUGGUUCAAAUCACCGUGUUCACAGAUACCGACGUACGCAAGCAGUCAAAUUCCGAUAUUAUUGCUUCCUGUGUAAGAACACUCUUGGACCAGGCACAAAUCGCAGGUCACCUUGAGGACACCCUCACAGAGCUCACCGUUGAUUUGUGUACAAACACUAGCGGGGAGCUUGAAUGCAAGUACUAUUUUGUCGCACCUGAUCGGCGGGCUCUGUUUUGGGAAAACGAUUUUGAGGCGAUGAACUUGUUUGGUGAGGUCAGGGGUGUUACAAACGGUCACAUUAAAUAUGCCAUGGAGGCAGAGUAUUGGAUGCACCGGGAGCUGUAUCCGAACGAUUGCAAGAUAACCCCUGAACUUCAUUGCGAACUGCAGGCAAUGAUUCUCCAUGCUUAUACAGAUACCAUCUUUUCGGAAGUGUCAUUGGCGCCCUUUGACACAGACGAGCUCAGGCGAGCCCUGGACAUUGUAGAUUACUUGAAUGGCAUCGUUAACAAACCUGAUUCAAUCAUAAACGACCAAUACAUUUGGGCAUAUGCUCGUUUAAUGCGAAUGUUCACCAGGGCCAGGUUUUCUAAUUUUUAUGGUGAAAUAGGUGCCAGGCUAGGUACCGAUCAUACUGUUUAUGCCGAAGACCACUAUCUCGACACAAGACUGAUAGUCAAACUUUUCAACCUUGUCCUGUUUGGCACUCCGUCCAGCCAUGUCAGAAAGAUUGAUAGCGUCUGGGUUGACCAAUCUGUAAACCGACCGCGCUGGAAAAUGUUUAUGGAUGGAUUGACGAACGAGUGGAGUGGAUUAGCAAUUUAUGUGAGUCGCUAAUGCCAAAGACCGCAUUUACUUUCCACUGAAAAUGGGAAGUCGACUGUCAUGUUGGCUGUGGACAUUAGUUUCCUUGCAGUACCGGCGAUCGGUCAACGACCUUCUGCACAAAUCGCGUUAU